AGGAGCCUGGCUCGCAAACCCGAGCAUGGUGCCGGCUGCUGGCGCGGGGGACCCUGAGGGCAUCGCUGCUCCCGCUGAGGGGAACCCCGGGCUGGGAGCGCCCGUGGCACGGCCGGGCCGUCACCCUGCAGCAGCCCAGGACAAGUUCUUCUUCAUCAAAGGUGGAAUUUUUCUAGGUACUGUUGCUACUGCAGGAAUGAUCGCUGGUUUUGGUACAACACUUGCUAUGGCUAAAAAGAAAAACCCCAACUGGUUCAAUAAGGGUAUUACUGCCACAGCUGCAUUACCAGAGAAUGGUUCAUCGCUGGCCUUACGAGCCUUGGGGUGGGGUUCGCUGUAUGCCUGGUGUGGAGUUGGGCUGAUCAGUUUUGCCAUCUGGAAGGCUUUGGGAGUUCACAGUAUGAAAGAAUUUCGUAAUAAAAUGCAAUCAAUAUUUCCAGCAAUUCCUAAAAGUGCAGAGCACUCAGUCGAAUGGGAAGACUUACUGAAAUCCAAAUGAAAGGAGCAGAAAGGCUUCAGAAUUGUAUACUUCAGUGGGAAAAACUGCAGAACUUGUGGGAAAAGUCCAUCUAAAAAAAUAAGAAAAUCAGACUGAUUUGAACGCAUGGAAAUGAGCAAAUUUAGUGACUGUUUGCUGAACAUGGGGACGGCAGUUAUUAUUUUAACAGCAAGAGAACUGUUAUGUUUUUGCUGUUACUUUUUCAGCAUUGUCAUUAGAGUUGAAUUAUGGAGAAAAGAACCUUAUGGGAUACCUUGAAAGAAGAAUAUAACUGUAUGAGAACGUGUUUCAGUAAAACAAAAAUCAAACAAGAAACUGAUCUUGAGUGGAUAUUUACAAUAAAAUACAGUUGCAAACUCUUACCCUCUCUUGCUUCUUGGAUAAAAUUCUAGGUUGUUUGGAAAAUAAGGAACAACAGUAAUUUCAUUGACAUUUACCUGUCUUAUUAGGAAUAAAGGGGGCUGAGUCCAUCACAUCAGAUCAGUUAAUCUAGUCUGUAGCAAAGGCAUGUAAUGGGUUACCUCAGUUCCUGAGGAUAGAGGAGAUACCUGAACAAUACCUACGGAGGGAGGGCUGAACACAUCCAGCAUACCAAGGAUAUACAGGAAAUACCUAUCUGGUGUUCUUUAUAAAGUGAAGGAUGUUUUCUCUAUAAAAAACAUUUUUUUGAUCAAUUGUCUAUUUUUUUAUUGGGACUCUGUAACAACGGGUCUGAUAGCUUGCACGAGAACCUGUAAUGAAAAUGAAGAUGCUAUAAAACAGUGCGACAUCCGGUCUGCCCUAUACCACAAACACUUUUCAGCUAAGAAGCCAUGUGGGCAGGUAUAGCUUUUAGUAUCUGUGUGGUUCCUAUGGCUCUGCUACCUGGUGAGUCCUAAGUAAUGUGUCAUUUUUCAUGCUGAAAUGAUCUCAUUGUGUGGGUGUAAGCUAAGAAAGAAAAAUGUCUAAUUCAAAUGUAUUUGCAGAACUGUAGAUCUAAAACAGUUGUAAAAAAUAUUUUUAAUAUGUAAAUUCUUCCAGUGAAACAAUCUCCCCAAUCAGUUAUCAGAUUUCUUGUAUUAAUUGCUCACGGUCCAAUUAGCCAGCCAUCAGGUUUAAUAAAGUGCUGUUGAAGUGUAA